CAGCCUGACCACUACUACAGUGUCACCACGGGCUAAUACAGUACACUCUGCCUGGCCGUUGCCCAUUACUCCUUAGUUGAUAGGUAAAGGACUGAGAAAGGUGAGGGCUUUUCAGGUACUGCUACUAUAACACUCUCGACUGGCUUAUUGGACGACACAUGAACAUUUCCUUUAAAAUGUCCCCUACACUGAGAAUGGCGCUGCUGUUCAGCAUGAUAGGAUGUGGGCAUUUAAUCACAGUGACGGUUCCCGAGAAGUUUGUGAACGUGACAAACGGUGAAAGUGCUCUUCUGCAGUGCACGUUUGUUACCACCGUGCAGAACACCAGCAACAUUAUCAUCCAGUGGAGUUUUGUUGCCAAAACCUCCAAUGUGCCACAGCAGGUGUAUUACUCUCAGUCAGGAGAGGACGUUAUUUCGAAACCGUAUGAGGGCAGGUUGAAUGCUCCCACCUAUCCAGCUACUAGCAAUGCCUCAAUAACAAUAAGCAACAUGCAAGUGUCAGAUGCAGGGGCCUACACCUGCGAAGUCCACAACUUCCCUGAUGUCAAUGGGAAGACUGAGGCCACUAUCAUUGUCAACAUUCUUGAGAGGCCAUCUGUGCCCUUCUGUGCUGUCCAUGGUGAUGUGGAGUCUGGUCACCUGGUUACCCUCACCUGCCACAGUGAGCGGGGAAGCCCCACCCCCACCUAUACCUGGAUCAGAGUGGAUCAGGACAAGACCAAGACACCUGUAAUGGGGAACCCUGAUCCGAAUAUAGGAUCCUUGUAUUUCCGAAACAUAUCCCAGUUUGAGUUUGGAGAGUAUUGUUGCAGUGCCUCUAACGCUGUAGGAUCUGCUACUUGCACCGUGGAGCUCAGCCAUGAGCUAGGUGAUGGGGCCAUUGCUGGUGCAGUCAUUGGAGCACUUCUUGGAGCUGUCCUUAUUAUCCUUAUUAUCUGGUUCAUGACACACUCCAUGAAGAAGCAGAAAUACAAGGCUUCAAAGGCAACAGAGAUGCAAGCCAUCCCUAAGAGUUCGGCCACAGUGGCGUAUGAAGGCGUCCCUACCAGGGAGAGUGGCCAUCAAGCCUAUGUGACCUCCGGAGGGGUUCCCAUGGCAACAAACAGCCACGUCCAUUCUGACGCUGACGGAGAGCGGGCCGAAGCUUAGGAGAGGCCUGACAUGCUUCUGGGGUGACAUCACUACUCUGAAAAACAAUGCUCCACUGAAGUUUGUGUUUUUGUAUAAUGUUUUUUUUUAAGUCACAAUUUAAGUAAUGGUUCAUAUUUGUUUUAUGUGAUAUAAGGAAUUCCAAUUGUCUUGAUUUCACACACCCAAAAAAUACAAAUCACUCUACACCCUGAUUAAUGUGGUAAUCCACCCAUUCCCUGAAUGUUUAUUCCCAUUUCAUAUACAUUGUGACAAAUCUAACCAAUGCUCAUCCAUGCUUUCUGGAAGAAAAAAAAUACAAAUUCAAUUUUGCAUAACUGA